AAACAGCUUCAUUUCAAUGAGUUUUCUCUGUUUCAAUAAGCUCUUAUGCAUUUCAUUUCUCCUUGGAUUGAUGCUCACAAUGAAUCACUGUUGCCAAGAAAUUGGAGCCCCGUGUACAGGAACCUUCAUUCGUCGUUGUUGUGGUGAUUUACAAUGUGAAUACGACACACUGGGUUUUGGAACUUGUCAGAAGUGUAUACAUUCUAACUUUCAUUGCAGAAGAAAUAGUCAGUGCUGUUCAAACUAUUGUAAAUUUUCUGUUUGUCUUUGAAGCUCUGAAGAAUAUAUAU